AUGGCUUACUUAUGGUUAUCCAUUAGUGGCCCAUUUAGAGUUAUCCAUUGGUGGCUUAUGCUCUACUGGGUUUGUGAAAUGCUUCAAGAUCAUUUAAAUCAAUGUAUCCUGAUAGCUCGUACAAAUUGCUCAGAUGGAUAUUUGGAAGCAGUACCGGAAGAAAGUGAAGAAGACACGGAAACAACGUGUAAUCAAAAUGAACUUAACAAUUCAAAUUGUCAUUCUACCGUAAUGACCAGUGAUAUAUUAGCACCAUCGGAUAAUGGUUAA